GCACCUUCUCGCACCGCCGCCGCCGUUCACCGGAGUCUCCCUAACUAACUAAACCCAAACCCCGAACUCGCCACCGCCUGUCCGCCUCCAGAGUCCCAACCGCCGCCCUCGCCGUCGUCUCGUCUCGUCUCGCCCGCCUCCAUGGCGACCUCCGCCUCCGCCUCCACCUCCAGCCCCUUCCCGUUCCCCGCCCGCCGCCCGCCGGACGACACCCUCUUCUACGCCGUCUACUCGCUCCCCCUCCCCACCGCCCUCCCGCCGCCGGACCUCCACGCCGCGCUCCGGUCCCUCCACCUCUCCCUCUCCUCCCACCUCGCCCCCUUCCUCGCCUCCCACCUCUUCCACCGCGACGCCUUCGCGCUCACCAUCCCGCCGCCCGACCACACCGCUGCCACCUCCCCCUGCGCGCUCUGCGCCUCCCCCCCCGUCCCGCACCUCCACGGCGCGCUCCGCUUCGGCGACUCCCUCGCCGACGAGUGGCUCGGUGUCUCCCUCCUCUUCGAGCUCACCCGCGCGUUCCCGAGCCUCGCCGUGCGCGCGUGGGACUCCGACGGGGAGUUCCUCCUCAUCGAGGCCGCCUUCGCGCUCCCGCGGUGGCUCGACCCGGACACCGCCCCGAACCGCGUCUUCAUCUUCCGCGGCGAGCUCCACAUCCUGCCGCCGUCGCUCUUCCCCGGGACGCCCUCCCUCGACGCCGCGCUCGCCGCCGUCCAUGAUGACGCCGUCGACACCCGCGCCCCCGACGCCGUCCAGGCCGCCAUACAGCGCCGCAUCGCCGGGCUGCCUGAGAAGGCCUCGGAGAACCUCCACACCGUGCGCGUCAUUGUCCCGGUGCCCGUGGCGAAGGUGCUGAAGGAGGAGCCUUGCUUGAUCGCCCGCGCCGUCGAGGGGUUCUAUGACCGGGACAUAGACACCAUGAAACACGCGGCGAGGAUAGAGAAAUUCCUCAGGGGACCUGGCGGAGAGGGGGUUGAGAUGGUGAGGACAUCGGUGCGCAUGACGCGGGCAAUGUACGCGCAGCUCGUGCAGCAGAACUUUCAGGCACCGAGGGGUUACCCCAUGCCGAGGAGGGAGGAGGGGCCGGAGAAGUGGAUGGAGGCAGAGUUGGGGAUGAAAAUUGCUUGUGGGUUUGAGAUGAUGUAUCAGGAGAGGCGGCGGGAGGGGGAGGAAGGGAAGGGGAGCACAUGGGAGGUUUACAGGAAGAGCUUGGAGGCGACAGGGUGCUUCAAUGGUCUGCUUCCUGGGUCAAAAGAGUACAAGAGGGUUAUGGAGGAUGCAAUGCAGUAUUACAAAAGCUCGAGUUUGUUUUCACGAACAAGGGAGAUACUAAGUGCUCCUGUGCGUCGAAUUGAUGAAAUCCUUGCCAUGCCAUACUCGGCUGAGGAAUUUGAAGGCAGUGACCUUCCUCCGAGCGACGAUGACUCUUGGUUGUAUAAUGGGGAGGAUGAGUUAGCUGCGGAACUCUGUGCAAGGCAGCAGGAAAUGGAAGAGUAUGAAACUGCAAAACAAUACAGAAAAAGUCAAAGGAAAAAUGUCUCAGGCAGUUCUAGCUCGCAGUCAAACGAGUUUAAUCUUGGAGAGAUUACAGAGUCCAUGCAAGAAUUUGUUCGCAAAAUGUCAAGCUUUGAGGGAGCUGAAGUUCCUGCAAACAGGAAAGACAUGGAAUCAGUGGAUCUGGAUGUCAACCAGUUCUUCAAGGCCAUGGAAUCUGUGCUAGGUCGUUCAAAAGAUGAACCUGGCAAUGAAGCCGGGUUUGAUGGAAAAUCUUCAUCAUCUGACAUAGACCUUGAAGACGAUUCUGAUUAUGGGAGUGAUUUCGGCGAAGAAUCUGGUGAGAAGGGUAUGGAUAAUGCUUUCAUGGAAUCAUAUUCUGAUGCACUGAAUAAAGAACUCAGUAUGACCACUAUAGAGAAAAGUUUCGCUCGUGCACCGCACCCUGAUACCAGCAAUGAGGGUCCAUCAGGUGCUGCAGAUACUGAUGGGGAGAUGACCCCAGUUGAUGUGGACCUGAACCUUGUUGAGAGCUUCCUUAACUCUUACUCCUCUCAACAGGGUCUCCCAGGCCCAGCUUCCAAUCUGCUGGGACUUAUGGGUGUAAAAGUACCUCCUGAUGGUAAAAAGCCGUGAUCUUUUUGUUUGUACCCAUGCACAUCAAAUUUCUGGAACCAUAGCAAGAACAUACAUAUGAUAUUUAUUGCAAAACAUAGGAGAUCAUGGUCCAAGUAGUUUUCUUGUAUGUUCAAACCUCAAAGAAAGGAACUGGAAGUAGGACUUGUGACUUUGUGAGAGCUCAAGCGGCCAGCUUGGUCUCUCAACCGGCAUCAUUUGGAUAAGUAAAAUUUUGGCCUGACAAGCAUGUUCCGUUCCUGUAUUCCCUGUACUGCUCCGGUAUCAUUGGAAGACGUAGGGCUCACUCAACACAGGCCAUGGGUGUGGGACAACUAUGUACUAUGAGUCUAUGAGACAACUAUAGUCAAAGCAGCUAGCAUUUAUAUGUGGUAGUAGCUAAUACUGUUGUAUUAUGCAAUUCUGUAACAUGUCUUUUGAGAUCUGACAUGUAUAGCAAGCAGUUGUUUAUGCAGUUCUUGGAGUAGCAUAUUUGUUCUGAGGCAUGAACAAACUUCAGCUACCUAACAUAAACUGUUCUGUACUCGUACCUACUCGUGCUGUUUGUCCAGUACAGAUCUGGAGUGUGUUGAUCUCA